CGGGCUACCCACUUCUCAUUAUGUGUUUCUACUGUUACCCACCGUGUAAAGAACGUGCCUUUGCUUGCUUUGCUUAUCCAUCUGCCAUCUCGCUCUGUUAAGUAACUUUUUCAGUUCUUUACCUCUUCAUAGUCCACUUUCUCACUGUACCCACUUUAUCUGAAGAGGUCUCUUCUUGGGAAAGAAAGUAGUCUGGUCUUUUUCUUAUUUACUUCAAAGACUAAGACUUGUGACCGUGUCUCUCUCUCUUUCUCUUUCUUUAACUAGGAUUCUUGAACUUGGAGUUUGUGUGUUAGAUGGGGUUCUUCUUGUUUCUUUCCUUUAAUGGUUCUUGUUAGCUCACUUGUGUUUUUAUUCUGCAACUAGUAUUCUUGAACUUCGAGUUUUCUGUUCUAGUAAUGGGGAGUUCUAUUACUUAUUAAAGAUUGCCUUUUACUGGUCGCAACUUAGAUCGUGCUCUUUUUAUUCCUAAUACAGUAAUACUUACAUACAUACAUGUCCCUUUAUCUUCAUUUUUCAGUCCUACAAGAAAAGAAAGUAUGUGUCUGUCUUCUAACUAGUGUUUCUUUCUUGGACUUGGAACUUCUUGCUAACUCCAGAGCCCUUUGGUCUUGAACAGAUUUUGAUGGUUGCGGAUCAGUUUGAUCAUACAACUGGCCAUCUCAAACCUGGUGGUUAAAGAUUUCUUGAAAAUCUUUUCUUUAGGUCAUUUCAAGAUUAAGACACAAGCCAUCUGUUGCUAGCUGUUUUGUUUUCAAGAAUCGAUAUAUAUUCUUCUUUUUUUUUUAUGUGAUACCAUAUCUUGUGCAUGCCAUGGAGGAUUUGUACAGACUUGAUCCUAGGAUUUCUUGUUCAGAAAAUAUUGUUACUGUUGAUCAUAACUUCCAGCCGGCAAACUUCACUGCUUCUACUAGCACGACUCAUGAAUUUCGUAGUUCGGUUGUUAAUUUACUUCAAUUUCAAGCGGGUAAUCAUCAUCAUGCACAAGUGUCUGAUUCAGAUAUGCUUGGUUUAAUCAAGACCCAGAUCGCCCAUCACCCUCGUUAUCCUGACCUAGUGUCUGCCUACAUAGAAUGCCAGAAGGUUGGUGCACCUCCAGAAAUGACAUCUCUUCUGGAAGAAAUAGGGAGAGAGAACUACUCAAUCAAAGGUUGUAGCGGUGAGAUGGGGGCUGAUCCAGAACUUGAUGAAUUCAUGGAAUCGUACUGUGAGGUACUCCAUAGAUACAAGGAGGAGCUAUCCAAGCCGUUUGAUGAGGCGACUACAUUCUUCAGCGACAUAGAAUCACAACUAAGUAAUCUUUGUAAAGGAACGCUGACAAAAACCUUUCAUUAUGGCUCUGAUGAAGCAGUUGGAACUUCAGAGGAGGAGAUAAGCUGUGGUGAGAUUGAAGCAUCAGAAAGCCGAGAAUCUUGUGGCAGCCGGCCUGUUGACCCGGAUCUUAAAGGAAUGCUAUUACGGAAGUACAGUGGUUAUCUUAGCAAUCUGAGAAAGGAGUUCUUAAAGAAAAGAAAGAAAGGCAAACUACCAAAGGAUGCAAGGAUGAUUCUUUUGGAUUGGUGGAAUAAUCAUUACAGAUGGCCAUAUCCUACGGAAGACGAGAAAGUGAAGUUAUCAGAGAUCACUGGAUUAGAUCAAAAGCAAAUAAACAACUGGUUUAUCAACCAGCGGAAGCGGCAUUGGAAGCCAUCUGAAGAUGUGAGAUAUGCUCUUAUGGAAGGUGUCACUGUCGGUGGCAGCAUAGGAGGAGCGCCUUCCUACUUCGAUAGUAGAGGUGGAGGUGACGGUGGUAUGUGAGUGACAUUUGAUGAUUUAAGGAUUUGGCUGGUUUUCAAACACCACUUUAAUAUCUUUUGUUUUACAAUGUUAUUUAAGCAAAGUUAUCUUCACUUAUUUAUUUAUUUAUUUUUUAUGUAAACUUAUAUACAUGUAAAGUA